CACUUCAUGUCCUUAAAGGCUAAAGUUCGAUUAUCACUGUAUAAGGUAUGUCAGGAGUGGAGAUUGCUGGGCUUGUUCUGGGUGCUAUUCCCCUCGUCAUCGCUGCUUUGAAGCAGUAUGAGGAUGGCUUAGACUCGGCUAUGGCCUUCUUCAAAUGGAAUCGUGAGCUAUCUGUGUUGAUACAAGCCCUCUGGUACCAACACACCUCAUACGUUCAAUCUAUCAAGCUCCUUCUCAGUCCGAUAACCACAGACGAAGAGCGUCAGACCAUGCUCGAAGACUCGAAAAACCAGUUGUGGAAAAGCAAGAGUAUGUCAGAUGCACUGAGCGAUAGGCUCGGGGAUGCGUAUCAAGCCUACAUGCAGACAGUUUCGACAAUCGAAGAGAUUGUCAAGUCUUUGGCGGAGAAAUUGGACAUACAAGGUUCGGACGAGAUUAGCCAACAGGGACUAGAAGCGAUCGUCCUCGCGAACCCACUGUCAAGUCAAGAGAACGGAUAUACCUUCCACUUCAAAAGACGGGUGAAUUUCACCAUGUCCCGGAAAAAGGUUCGGAGAUUGCUUGAAGAAUUGAAGAGCUGCAAUCUGCGGUUGGAUAGCUUCGCUAACAAGGCGGAGAAGCUUAAGGAACCCUAUAGGACUGAGACAAGACUGAAGUUUGCUGCUCCGCUUGGCGUUAUUGAAAACAACGCCACCAAAUUAUACAACAUUCUGUGUCGAACAUGGUGUGCAAGUCACGAUUCCCAUCGCGCCGGACUCUUGCUUGAACGACGCCUAGUCGAGAACGAGAAUCAUGGAGUGGGAGGACGGGUCCAGCUUUCCGGAAGGGAAGAUGCCAAACCAGUCGUUAAAAUCAUUGCUCCUUCACCAGCUCCCUCUCUUUCGAUUACUCAAUCCCCGUAUGAAGAUCUGUCCCGCCUCCAGGUAGUAACAGAUAUUUGCGCUACUAUCCAAGCCCCAAGUCAUCCAUGGAUCGGGUUUUGCUUGGAUAGCGAUGGAUAUUUGCGAGGGGCAUACCCGACAGAGUCCCGAUCGCCUGUUCACACCCAGAAUGAAGUGACACUUCAAGAUCUCUUCCAAGAACAGCAUAUCAUCAGCAAAUUGGACCAAUAUAACCUUUCUGUCACUCUCAGCUCUUCACUUCUACAGCUCAGCCAGACCCCGUGGCUUUGCCGGAACUGGAGCAAGACAGAUAUCGUUUUCCUCCGGACGGUGGACGCCUCGGGGCUCUCUGUGAGCAUCAGACACCCUUACUUGAAAAAAGAACACAGAUGGGGCGACCAAGAAUGGACGGAAAGAGAUGCACACUCCAUGAACGACUGCUCAAAGCUACUUGGGCUAGGGGUGUUGCUUGUUGAAAUAACAUCCGGCCGGUCGAUUGAGAGUAUGCGGCUUCGAGAGGACCUAGGACCUAAUGGGUAUGCGAACGAGGUGACGGACCUACAAGUGGCCCGUAGGUGGCUCCUAGAACAAAAGAAUAGUGGCAACCUAACUUUAGGAUUCGAAUCUGCCAUAUCACACUGCCUGAAAUCAUAUGUAGACCCGACAUCACGCCUUAGGAGCGAGGACUUCCGUGGAACUGUCAAGAAUGAGGUUUUGGCACCCCUACGGCGGGAGAUGUCUUUACUGUUCAGACGAGUUUAGGGACCAGGCAUUGUAGGUACAGUCUGGGAGCAAGCAGUCCCAGAGAAGGAAAGGUCAACUAAUGCAUUCCGCUGGGGCUGGCUGAUAAAGCGUCAUGCUUGGAAAAUUUCAAAGCACUCCCUCUUCGAUCCAUCGCAUUUAGGAGAGGAGCUGGAGCGUGGGUACUGAGAAGAUCUGAAACUUGGGAACCCUAACGAUAGUUUCGGCCGGGAUGAAUAAUUGGUCCGUGCGCGAGAUAUUCGAAAA